UACUCAAAUUCUCUAACUCAGCUCCAUUAGUUCAAAAAAUAAACUCACAACUACGUCCAACGCCUCCUAAUAGUUCUGACCAAGCACUUUUAGUAAUAACAACAGCUCCCGCAUUAUUAGACUUAGGUCGGUUCAGGUUAACCACUCCGGCAUCUUUUCUCACUCUUAGUUCUAAAAAGAGUCAGCCUGGAUACUCCGGAACUCGGUGCUGCCGGAAAAAAUCUUUUAAUCAUUGUUCAGAAGGAAUAUUAGUCAGAGAUAAAGCCCGAGUUUGGCGAUAA